CCCGAAUCAUCACCAUUCAUAACAUUCAUAAAACUCAGUCGUCAAAGUAAAUGCUCUCCCCUUCUGUAAAACCCUAAACCCUAGCCAACAAAAAUCAAAUCAAGAAAAGCUCAAAAAUGGCGGAAGAAAAAUCAACAAUAUCGAAAACAUUUCCAAUCAAACCGAAGCUAAAACCCACCUUAAACAAAUCCACACCAACACCAGAAUCUAAGUACUGGAAAUCAUUCAAAUCCCCAAAAGAAAACCCAUCUCAAACCCUUGUUUCUUCCAUCACUUCCCUCUCUUUUUCACCUGCCGAGCCUCACAAAUUCGCUGCCACUCACUCUGCAACUGUAACUAUCUUUUCGGGUGAUACCCUUUUGCCUGAAUCGACUCUUUCUGGGUUUAAAGAUACUGCCACUUCUGCGUCUUUUCGGGCUGAUGGGAAGUUGAUUGCUGCUGGUUCGCUUUCUGGGGUUUGUCAGGUUUUCGAUGUUAAGACCCGGGUUGCGCUUAGGAAAUUGAGGGGGCAUUCGAGGCCUGUUCAUGUGGUUAAGUACCCGAGAGUGGAUAAGCUGCAUUUGUUUUCGGGUGGGGAUGAUGCGGUUGUUAAGUAUUGGGAUGUGGCGUCGGAGAGUGCGGUGGGGAAUUUUGUGGGGCAUAAGGAUUAUGUUAGGGCAGGGGGGUUUUCGAGUGUGAGUGAUGAUGUGUUUGUUACGGGGUCGUAUGAUCAUAGUGUUAAGGUCUGGGAUGUGAGGGUGGGGAACAGGGGGAGUGUGGUGGAGUUUAAUCAUGGGAAGCCGGUGGAGGAUGUUGUUUAUUUGCCGUCUGGGGGGUUGGUUGCUACGGCUGGGGGGAAUUGUGUGAAGAUUUGGGAUGUGAUUGGGGGUGGGAAGUUGUUGUAUACGAUGGAGAGUCAUAAUAAGACGGUUACUUCGAUUUGUGUGGGGAAGAUGGGAAGGGAGAGUGGGGAAGAAGCUCAGGAGUAUAGGAUUUUGAGUGUGGGGUUGGAUGGUUAUAUGAAGGUUUUUGAUUAUGCUAAGUUUAAGGUUACUCAUUCUAUGAGGUUUCCUACUGCGCUUAUGUCGGUUGCAUUUUCGCCUGAUUGUUCGACUAGGGUGAUUGGUGCUUCGAAUGGAGUUCUGUAUGCUGGGAAGAGGAAAGUGAAAAAGGAUGUGGGGGCUGAAAUGGGGAAGGUUGAGGGUGUGGAGGUGCAUAGGAAGAGAGAGCUGAGGCCUGCGCGUAUCAGGUACUUCAGUAGGGGGCAGAAUUCGAAGCCAUCCGAGGGGGAUUAUCUGGUUAUUGCUCCAAAGAAGGUAAAACUUGCUGAACAUGAUAAGUUGUUAAAGAAGUUUAGGCAUAAGGACGCUUUGGUAUCUGCAUUGAGUGGGAAGAAUGCGGGGAAUGUGGUGGCUGUUAUGGAGGAAUUGGUAGCUAGGAGAAAGCUGUUGAAAUGUGUUUCGAAUUUGGAGACAGAGGAGCUUGGAAUGUUGUUGGAGUUUCUGCAGAGGCACUCAACAGUGCCAAGAUAUGCAGGUUUAUUGAUGAGUCUAUCGAAGAAAGUUGUGGAGAUGAGAGCUGAAGACUUAAGAGCAUCAGAUCAGUUGAAGGGUCAUAUUCGAAACUUAAAGCGUUCUGUUGAGGAAGAGAUUAGAUGCCAACAGUCGAUGUUGGAAAUUCAAGGUAUAAUAUCUCCUUUAUUAAGGAUGGCUGGAAGAUGAUUAAAUAUCGUUCUUUUUCACUCAGUACUUUGGGCAUCUUUAAUUUAUCAUGGGCAGAUGAAAAGUUUUGCAAUCAAUUGUAUUCUUGUCUAAUUGUUAUAUCUCUGUGUUUUAGAAAAACCACAUGGAUCAUAGAGUGUUAUUGGCUACGAAUUCCUUGUUGUGCUUGGCAAUGGAUGAUAAAAGUAUCUCAUUAUACAUUUUUUUAA